ACGGUGAAGCGGCUGCGGCUGUCCAAGGCGCUGACGAUGCCGGAGAGCACGACCGUGCUGGAGGCUUGCCGGCGCAUGGCGGCGCGUAGGGUCGACGCGGCGCUCCUCACCGACUCCAAUGCCUUGCUCUGCGGCAUCCUGACCGACAAGGACAUUGCUACGAGGGUGAUCGCCCGCGAGGUCAGGAUGGACGAGACGCCGGUGUGGAAGGUGAUGACGAGGCAUCCGGUCUUCGUCCUCUCCGACACGCUUGCCGUCGAGGCGCUGCAGAAGAUGGUCCAAGGCAAGUUCAGGCACCUGCCGGUGGUGGAGAACGGGGAGGUGAUGGCCAUGCUCGACAUCGCCAAGUGCCUCUACGACGCCAUCGCCAGGAUGGAGCAGGCGUCCGAGAAGGGGAAGGCGGUGAUCGACGGCACCGACAAGUAUCACUCUGGGAGUAACCCGAGCUCGUUGCUAGAGGCUUUCAAGGAGCAAAUGUUGAGGCCAUCCUUGUCGACAAUAAUCACUGCUGACUCAACGGUUGUGAUCGCAGCGCCGGGCGAUUCGGUGCUCGCGGCGACCAAGAUGAUGGUGGAGGCGCAUGCGAGCUCUGCCGUCGUGGCCGUCGGGAACAAACCUCGGGGCAUCCUCACUUCUAGGGACAUCUUGAUGAGAAUGAUCGCGAGGAAUCUCCCCGCAGACUCAACCCCUGUUGAGAAGGUCAUGACUCUAGAUCCGGAAUGCGCGACGGUCGACACGCCGAUUCUGGAUGCUCUCCGGACAAUGCAAGAGCGCAAGUUCUUGCAUCUUCCCGUGAUGGACAGAGAUGGUUCCAUCGUGUGUAUCGUCGACGUGAUCGACAUCACGCAUGCCGCCAUCUCCAUCGUUGAGAGCAGCGGCACCGGGGACGAGGCGACAAUCUCGAUGAUCCAGAGGUUCUGGGACUCCGCCAUGGCCUUGGGCUCGCUGGAUGACGAGAUCGAAACCCAGUCUCUGAUGAGCGACGCGACCAGGUCCCAGAUGAUGUCCGAAGUCAUCCACGAGGCGGCCGAGCCGCCGUACCCCGCUCUCUUCUCCUUCAAGCUCCAGGACAGGCGAGGCCGGAUGCACCGCUUCAGCUGCGAGGUGCAGAGCUUGACGCCGCUGGUCACCUGCAUACUCCAGAGGCUCGGCACCGACAUCGACCGCCACCGUCUGCCUCAGAUCUUGUACGAAGACGAAGACCGGGACAUGGUGGUGCUGGCGUCGGACGACGACCUCACGGCGGCGGUCGACCACGCCAGGCUCUCCGGAUGGAAGGGUUUGAAGCUCUUCUUGGAUUACUCUGGCACGCCGGGCCGGAGAAGCCUGGCCUCUAGCAACGGAACGACGACGAUGGACCUGGCCAGCCGGGAAGCGUGGUCGGCGGCCUACGGCGGCGUCGCGGCCGGGGCUGCCCUGGUCACCGGCCUCGGGGUAAUGGUCUACCUGCGAAGAGCCGGCUAG